AUGGUUCGAGUUACUAUAAUCGCGCUCGGCGCCUCUGCUCUAGCGGGUAUGACCCACGCCGCUGUCUUCCCUGCUGAGGAGUACGAGUCUGGUGCCGUUCACUCGCGCAUCAUGGCUAUGAAGAUGGAACAAUGGGAGGGAGAAGCGGCAGCUGGUCAGAUGGACAGCGUUCAGUACCCUGAGCUGGGUUUUACGGAAUGUAUUAAUGGCUUCGCUGCUGCCAUUCCAGGUGACACGAACAACACCUUCCGAUGCGGCAAUGUGGACCUGUACCAUUUCCUAUCGCAUGCCGAUCUAGGGUCUUCGAGAGGACGUGGAUCUUCCUCCUGGGGCUGGACAUCUGAGGAUGGCCGAGAAUUCGUCGCACUGGGCCAAUAUGAUGGCACCGCUUUCGCAGAGAUCACCAGCGAGGGCAAAUUGUCCUACCUCGGACGUCUUCCGCCUUACGACGGUGUUGGCUCAAAUUGGCGCGAGAUCCGCAUCCUCCACGACUACGCUGUCAUUGGCUCCGAGGCUGUAAAGCAUGGUGUCGUUGUCUUUGACAUGAAGAAGUUGCUCGAUCUCGAUCCUGCAAACCCGGUCAACUUCACCCAAUCUGAGGUGACGGGACAUUGGGACGAACUGCCUGUUGGACGUACUCACAACAUUGUUGUCAACCAGGAGCUGAACUACGCCGUUGCCGUUGGUUCUGUCGCGGGUAACGACACCAUUCGCGUCAGGGACCCUACCGCUAUGCCUUGCAGGGGUGGGCUAAUUUGGCUUGACAUGUCUGACCCCACGAAUCCGACGUCUCCAGGCUGUGCUGCUGGUGAUGGCUACGUCCAUGAUGCUGAGUGCUUGGUCUACCGUGGUCCUGACACCAGGUAUACGGGUCGCGACAUCUGCUAUGGAUACAACGAAGACACCAUAACAAUAUAUGAUGCGACGGACAAAGAGGGCAACGUCACAAACAUCAUCUCCAGCAUCACCUUCCCAGGCGCCGAGUACAUUCACCAAGGUGUCGUCAACAACGCGAGCUGGCAGGAGUACAUCUUCAUGGACGACGAAUUCGAUGAGAGAGACGCCGACAACGGUCCGAUGACCUUCGGUCUUCCCACUACUCACAUCUUCGAUAUCCGUGAUCUGGAGCAUCCCUUCUACAGUGGUCAUUAUGCUGGCAAGACCCGGUCGAUCGAUCACAAUCAGUACGUCUAUGAUGGAUUCAGCUAUCAGUCGAACUAUGGAAAUGGCCUCAAUGUGUUGGACAUCAGCUCCGUUACCGAAGAUCCUUCCGGCGGCUCGAUCUGCGAGGCCGGGUACUUCGAUAUUUAUCCUGAAGACGACGAGAAUGAAGGCGGUGGGACUGUCGCCUUUCUCGGCUCCUGGUCAAGCUACGCUGGCUUCAAGUCAGGCUUCAUCAUGGUCCACACUAUCGAGCGCGGAACGUUCAUUGUCAAGAUGACCAGCAAGGAGUGCCCUAAGCCUAAGGUCUGCACUCCAGACAGCUGUCUGUCUUCGCUUCGUGGAUAUGCCAACCUGGAGGAGAGCACUGAUUUCUGUCAUGAGUUCUUGAUCAGGCAGAAUGACGACGAGAGCCUGGUGCCAGAGUACGCUGUAGAGGCUUGCAGUGAGGCAGAGGAUGUGGUGGCGCAGGUCAGCAACGGCGAUUCGGUCGAUGAGAAACAACGCCAGUCCGGCGAUCUGGACCUAAUCCAACAAUCCCCCUACCCACAGAUCGAAAUCUAUCAAGCAGGCAACCCUCACCGAUAUCCCCUCACACCCACCAACUCCGCCGAAACCCUCCAGGCCAUAGCCGCUGCGGCCCUCAAAGCUGCCAAGAUAGGUGCUGACGCCUUCAGAAUGUCAGACGCAGAAGAUUACCGCUCAGGCAGUGCAGAGCCACAGAAUCCCCCACGCCAGACCGGUGGCGGCUCUGGUGGCGCUGUCAAAGAAGGCUCAGCCGUGGCGCAAGAACCUGACCAGCCGCCUACUGGAGAUGACGACGACGCAGAGGAAGAGUAUGGCCGCAGACCUUACGUUGAGGAGCUCGCAGGAUUCGAAAAGAAGCAUCUGGGUGCAAACCGCUGGACUAUCUUCGAUGAGCCUGAGUCCGGAUGGGGCGUGAAGGCUGGCGAGGCUCUAGGACUGCAACAGCAUCUUCCAAAACUUCACAACGGUUACGAGUGGUGGCAGCCUUCUGAUGGCGCCUCUAAAGCAGACGAUCAAACCUCACCGAAGAGCAAGAUCGUCUAUUCUAUACUGCUGAAUGCCACCAAGGAGAAUCUGGAGGAUCCAACCUGGCUGCCUCCGCCAGGCUGCUGCCUUGAUUUGACCACAACUUGGUGGGUUUCAAAUAUGAUUAAGACCCGACGGAACCGUGGUGCUGGCUGGCCGACCAUGUUCAGUAAGGACGGUGACCUUCGAAUCAAUUUUCCUCGCAUUGGGGAUCCGCCGUUGGUCUAUUUGGUGAAAAGAGACCCAAGCCGGCCAGACAGACUCCGCUGGAAGCCUUCCAAACCAUACUUCCUCAUUUACAACAAUGUUCUGGUCCUGGGAGAUAAGAACGCACAGAAGGAAUAUGAGAAGCUGAAGCCACAAAUCGCAAAACAGCAAGGCAACAUGAUGAAUCGCCACAAGGCGAGAGGUUACUCGGUGUUUACGUAUGGCGAGCUCGUAUGUGAAAGCCCGCCGAAGGAUCUGAUGGUCUCUGGGAAGAAACUUGAUCCGUUCAAGAACCCUGGACGCCUUUACUUCCAUUACACGCCCGCACACGACUAUGAUUUCGACGGCUUGCGCGCCCUGGAACGCGCCUACCCGUACACGAGCCGUGCGUGGGACAUCUACGAGGGUACUCCUUGGAAGGACCAUGACGGCAUGAUGGAGGUUUUGGCGCGUUGGCCAAUGUACCGUUCUCCGCCAGGCACUUCGCUCGAGAGCACGUUCAAGUAUCUGAGCCACUUCGCGCCGUCGUUGACAGCCCCAUUGGCGGUUCGCGAUUCCAAAGUCCAUCCACUAGAUCCGCCGGACACCACCCCCAAAACCACCAAGAAGACCUCCGAGACCCGUUUCAGUACUGGAUCUCUGAGAGAUAGAUCUUCUGGCCAAAUUCAACCUACCAAUCAGCUGCAGAACCCCGCAACGCCCACUCCUCCAGACAAACAGCCUCUUAUCAAAUCUGAGAAUACGAACCUUGGUGAGUGCGACCUGCAAAACCGAAUCUUGCCUCCUCCGCCGCAGGGAUCUGAUCAGCUGCCUCCAGUGCAAGAUUUCGAUCUCUUCGGAGGGAUUGCUGACGAAGAACUCCUCAACGAGAUAAGUCGUCGGGAGGAAAAGCGAGCACAAGCUGAAUCUAUUACUGCCAGAGCAGGCACAACUGACCCAAUAGAAGCCGCCAGGCUAAAGCGGAAGCUAGAUCAGGCGCAAUCGGGAACAGAAUCGGAGCAACAAGCCCCCAAGAGACGUUCAUCGGGAGCCUUCGGUGGCGUUGGAUCUGCUUCCGAACCCGCCAGAGGUCGUCUGCUUGGCCAGGUGCCAGCUCAGUCACUCUAUCAGUCUGGAAAGACAUUCGAGCGCCCAGGCAUGAGCGGAGAAACUCCCACAGCGAUGGGCUUUGGUCUGCCGGCGUCGAAGCAUUCGUCGGGAGAAGUGCCAUCAGCGAAACCACCAUUCUCACCCGGACCAAGUCCGCUUGGUCCCAAUCGAUCUCCUCUCUCAAUGCCGCCGCCAAAUGGCUUAUCCAAAGCUGGAGGCACUACUCCACAGCAGAAAUCCCCUGUACGAGCCCGAGCAGAAGCUACCACAGACCAACCGCGUGCCCUGAACAAGCCGCCCGCGCCCGCUCCGCAAAACAGUCAGCAACACUCCAGUACUGAAUCGCGUUCAGCUACUGGUCAACCAUCCGGGCCACAGCGCCGCAGCGGAACUUCAAGGCAAGCCUCUGACCCGUCGAGGCGUACGCGGAGCGGCCAGAACCACGUCAUGGGCAUGCACGGCGAUUUCAUCAAGCCUCCCUCGCCUGAGCAAGACGGCCAUGUCAGCACCUCGUAUGAUGUCGAGUCUGGAGGGCAUCUAGUCGUCCAGAUCCAUGCACAUGAUUUCACGCGGGGAGGGAAGACCACCAAGGAUGUUCUAGGUCGGAAUACGGUCAAAAUAGUCCCUCGAGAUAAGCAAGCUACCCAGCCAAUCCAGUUUGGCGCUUUUACAGCGGUAGUUCCGGGGUCGGCGGUCUUUGCGAGUUGGCCGGAACACCUGCGCAGGAUGUGGCGGAACGUGGUCCCCAAAGAUGGAGUGCAGUUUGUGUACGGUAAUGGUCGUCCUAUGACAGCAGAUUUCACGGAUUUCUUCCUUGGCAACAUGCCAUCGCUGGAAGGCCUGCCAGCUGCACAGCCACCAUCCAUGGCCUCGGCGGGUGUUCUGGAUGAUACGUCCGCGAAGAUACUUCGUGGUGUCAUUCAGAGCUGCCUGACGGGUGUAACAGAGUCGCAGAGACAGGCUUCCAUAUCUAUUGACACCCAGCUACUACAGCUGCACCAGAAACACAAAGAGAUCGCUGUUCUGGAAGGCAUGCCUCAGUCUAUGGCGACCGACUACAACCAGAUGCGGAAUACACUAAUUCACAGCCUUAACAACCAGCCAGUACGAUUAGCAGCACACAGAUUGGUCCUCACCGCUGCUGCUAUGGCUCACUUGGACGACGGUAGGAUUCGCGUGCAGGAAAGUUUCGAAGUGGCCAUGAACACACUAGCCAAUCAACACAGUCGAAACCUGGCGCGUCCAAUCAUUGAUCCGCCAAAAUUGCGUUGA